AGCAGGCAGUAGGGAAAUCUGCUGUGUACUGACAUCUUAGGAAGAAGCUAAACGGCAUCAUUGAAACAAAAUUAAUCCAAAACAGCACAGUGAAGGAGCUGCAACUUCCAGAAUGGCUUUUGAUUUGUUAUGCAAAGAUGACUUACUGCGCCCCAGGAUACGAAGCGCUUCGAGCCUGACCCUCAGAAGCCAGAGCAAUUACCAGACGCCACCUCUGACAGAGCUUCAACUCCUGCUGUGGGCACAUCAACCUUCCACUGGCCAUGUGAAUGAAGUCUGGCCAAACCUCUACGUGGGAGACUUAUUUACAGCUCGGGACAAAGAGCAGCUGCGCCGAAUGGGUAUCACCCACAUUGUGAAUGCUGCAGCUGGCAGAUUUCAUAUUGACACUGGAGCUAAAUUCUACAGAGACCUGCCUGUAGAUUAUUAUGGAAUAGAAGCAGACGAUGAUCCACAUUUUGAUCUCAGCAUUUACUUCUAUCAGGCUGCCAGAUAUAUAAGAGCAGCGUUGAAUUCUCCACGAGGCAGAGUAUUAGUUCACUGUGCAAUGGGGAUCAGCCGAUCAGCAACACUUGUACUUGCUUUCUUAAUGAUCUGUGAAAACAAGACCCUUGUUGAUGCAAUUCAGGCUGUGUGUAAACAUCGAGGGGUCUGUCCCAAUUCCGGCUUCCUCAAGCAGCUUCAGGAGCUAGACAUGCGAUUAGCGAGGGAGAAAGGAAGAGAAGCAGAUCCCCUCAGAUUUUAGAUGGGGAGAUGUCUUCUGAUUACAGACCAAGAGAUACAGGUUGCCUCCCGGAAGAUUGUACCUCUUGCAAGAUAGAUGAACCCGGACUAUGCUGUAGUUGCCUGGAGAAAUCCAUAUGGGGCGAGCAGGGAGAGUUUGAGAGUUUGAAAUUUCACCUCCUGCGGAAAUACAAGCCAGAUCCUCAGCUGGUGCCUGUCAAUGUCGUUCCACUGGACUUAUGCCAAUUCAUAACAGCUGACCAUCUGGCCCCUUCAUUGGAUCCCCUCCCUCCCCGGCAAGCCUUAGUGGACUCGUUGGAACCCCAACAAGCCCUUGUAGGUUAGUUGGGGUUCCUCACAACCACCCCACACACUCUCAGACCCUCAUAACGAUCAACAGAUAUGUGAGGUCCCAGUCACACGCUGGAAGCUGAUGCACAGCUGUGAAAUUACUAACGCAACACAGUUAGAGCCCAAAGCCAUGUUCUGAACGCUGCUAUUUUAUACAGAAACAACAAUAGCUUCCAUUUCCAUUGGCUUUUAACCCCAGUGUCUCAAAACACUUGGCAAAUAAUUGGUUCAAGUCUCACAACCCCUCAGUGAGUAGGUAAGUAAUGUUAGCCCCAUUUUACAUAUGGGGAAAUUGAGGCCCGAAGAUGUUAAGCAAACUGCCCUACUGACGUACCGCAAAUCAGUAGCAAUGCCAGGAGAGGAAUCCAGAUCCUCUGGCAUCUAGUGCCUGUUCUGUUCACAUUCCCCAUCUUUCCCUUUGAUAAAGGAACGCUAACCUCAUGUCAGAGCAAAACCAGACAAUGCACCUACCAAAUCCAAAGCAGCAGCUCUGUAGUCAGGUUUCCCUUUUACAUCCAAUUGACCACAUUCUAUCUCAUGAACAACUGGAAGGAGAUAUUGACUUCAGUGCAAUUACAGCCCCAUGCAGCCCACUGGCAAAUGCAAAUAAUAUAGAAUUUCCACUUGACGGCAGAUUAAUUUGGUGUGAUGUUUUCCUUGGAGAGUUCUUAAAGGCUUGCAGUAGUGAAAGUGCCAUGGAGCUUGUAUUUAGAGUACUGUGGAUUCUGAGCUGGAAUAGAGGGCUGUAUACACUCACCUGGAACUGCUGGGUUUUUAAACUGCCAUGCAGUAACAUUUUGACUGAGCACAGCACCCUUCCUGUGUGUGUCUCAGACAGCAAUAUGAAAACGAGACUUCCCUGCAGAGCUGGUGGCUAAACUCAGCUGAUAUUUUCCUUUUCAGAAGCACUGGUAAGCCUUUGCAACUGAUGCUAAAGAUUUGUAUCCUCAAAGGGGUCAGGUGAUAGCAAGGUUGGUUUCGUCUCCACUGUUAAGAUAGGACAACUGGAAGAGGACCUAUCCAUCGGGGAAUGGAGAAAGUGGCUGGUAGGGAGGUCACAGUUUAUGAUGGGGGCAGAGGGAGAAAGUCAGUGGUGUAUUGCAGCUUUUCAAAGAAAAGCUCUAGGGAUCAUUUUAGGGAUGCUGUGUUGUACAAGAGGUCAGGCUAGAGAAUCACAGUGGUCCCUUCUGGCCUGGGAAUCUAUGACUCUAAGGUCUGAAUGGCCUGCUUAUUGGCAGUCUCAGCAGAGAGGCCAAGCAUUUCAACAGACAUGGAAACUGAACUACCGUUUCCCUGUUAGAGGUGGUCCCCCUCCAUGUCAGGGGCAAGGCAUAUUGAUGGGGCAGGGUGGGGAAUCUUGUGUUGUCACUGCCUGACCUGUACCUGUUUUGUGGAUAGAAGCCUUCACUCUCCACAGCUGUCAACCGGACACCUUUCCUGAGCACCGGUUUCACUUUAACUUGGCCUAUGCAGUACGAUGGGGCGUUACUGGGCAAUCUGAGCAGAGUGCAGGUGAUGUUAGAAAGGCACUAGUCCAAAGGCUCAAUGCAUUUAUCCAGUCCAGAGAUGUCAUAACCCCACAUCAAUUCCAGGCCUCUCCAUGAUUACACAGUGGAAUUAAAACAAAACUGCCAACGAUCAAAUGCGUUAUUGACACGGGCCUUGCAUUAUAACAGGGGAACUUGGACUGUGACCCAGUCAGUGCUGUGACAAGGAAACAUGACCAGAUUCCUCAGGGGGCUCAAGUUCUUAUCCCCUGACACCUCUCCACCAGCAACAGUAGCUCAUGUUCAACAGCACACAGCAAUGCAACACAAGCAGCAAACCUCACAAUAGCAAUGGCAGGACUCCCAUGACCACCCCAAGUCACUGCAGGCCCAGCAGCAUUAAUUGAACUAGCUGAUGAGGAUAAUAAUAUGAAACUUCUUCAUGGUGGUGUUGUGAAGCUAAGUUCAUGUGUGCAAAGCACUUUAAGUUGCUGGGAUGAAAGGUGCCACAAAAAGUGUCACUAUCUCAUGUAGUCGUCUAGAUUCUCUCUCUCAGCAUGCAAGCAAGUGUUGACUCUCGGGCAGGCGUGCUGUGCUGUUCGCAGUUCUGGUUAUGGACAGAGCUUUUGCAUAGAGGCAGCUUUGGGUGAGAGGGAGCGAUGUGAGCAGCGGGAGACUGAGUCUGGGGCUCUGAUUAGAGUCAAGUCCUGAAGCAGAGCAGGCAUUGGAGUUGGGCUAAGACAUCUGGAAGAAGGGGUUGCCUGUAUGCUGUUCGACCAUCUCGUCAGGACCGGUACACGUGUGUAAAAAAAGCAAGUUACACUCAGACUAUAACCAGACUCUGUGUCACUGAUUUAGCCUCCGUAGGGAAGCUGACCUGCACAGUCUCAGACAUCUCCAACUGCUUGAGAGGUGACACCAUGGGCAGCAGCACAAAGUAUUAUACUAGAUAACAUUCAAAGCAUACACACAGGGUUGAUUUACCCUUCUCUUGGGAGAGGGACCCAGAGAACUAAAAGAGGCCAACCUGCAGGAGCUGAAAGUGAACCAAUAGCACCCCACUGAUAAGAGAAAGAUAAGGAAAGCUUUCCCCUCCCGUAGUGGUCAGGUUAGCUCCCAGUUACUCCCCUUGAGUCAUCCCAUUUUGCCAUAACUUCCAGGUGCUGGUGGGCAGCUAGUCCCCCUCUUUCUCCCUUUGAACUUGGUUUCAUCACUUCACAGUUCCCCCGUCCCUUCCCUUCCCACAGGUAUUUUUAUGGAUAUAAUAGGUGCUUGCCCGCCUGUUGAACACACGCAGUAGCAAUGAGAGCAUCUACUAAAAUAAAGGCCCCAGCACAGGUGCAUCUUGGAAUUAAUAUUUUAUGAAGAUUAAGCAAUCAUAACCCUUGACUCACAUGUGUUACACACACUGGUGGCUUCUUCCCACCAAGCUUAGUUACCACGUAGGAAUUUCUUAAAGCACACUUAGCAUCAGGACAAAAAUCAAAGAGGCAUUAGGGGUUGGUUCCAGAUUUAUUCUCACUCAACAGCUUCCAGAUCCCAUGUGCAAAGCUUGCUCACUGAGACAGCUUUUCAAGCUGUGAGCUCUGCAAAACCAAUUUGGGAAUCUGAGAAAUCCAGCUGUUAUUUCUGCCACUGCAAUUCUCACCAGUAACAAGGAGUCUGAUACCAGAACUUAGCUGGCAAUUUUGCUGAUCAUGCACUAGGAGAAUAGACUCCCACUCAUUCUGCCAUAGGUGUACUGACCCUGCAGUGCCAGUUCGAGUAAAACUUGUCUGCAAAUGAACUCAUUACUACUUGUGAGAAACACAGGCAGCAGAUACUAGAGGCUGAGUAAGGUGGUAGCAUUUUUCUGUCCAUAAUGGCAAGUGCAGAGCUAGUCAUAACAGAUACAUGCAUGUUCCCUCAUAAGCAUUCUCUUCUUCCCACCCACAUUUUACAUGGUAUUAUAUGAGCACUAAGGAUGAUUUCAUCACCAUCUAUUCAUCUUAGGUGCUUAUAUAACUCCACCACCAUUACUGCGGUAUAUGAGCCUUGCAAUCUGCAAUGUAUUUAUCCUCAAAAUCCCUCUGAGAAAGGGAAAUACUAUUAUUCCCAUUCUACUGAGGGGGAACUGCGGCACAGAGAGGCUAAGCGACUUGUCCAAGGUCACACGGAAUGUCUGGGGUAGAUGAAGGAAUUGAGCACCUGUCUCCCCAGUCCUGUGGCAGCUCCCCAACCACUGGUCCAUCUUUUCUCCCCUUCUGAAGAUAUAUUAACAACCUCUCUGGCUCUCCCUCCCAGACCUGCGUUAAUGACAGUAAUUAUAGAGAACGUUGCAGCAGACACGUCUGUGCUGCAUUAUUCCUUCUUUGUUUCUGCACUUCGGGUUUUAUUUGUAAAAGAAAAGAGAGACUAUAAAUCUGUCCUGUGAAGAGCUAAGGGAGGAGAGGCUACUGACUCCAAAUAAGUAACAUGAAAGGAGCAAGAAUAGUGGCUUUUGCACUGGGGCUGAUUUCCCAAAGAACAAUUAAGGGCAUUGCACAGAUGUACACCAUCUGGGGAGAUGAAUAUGUGACUGAGGCAGCCAUGACAGCUAUGUAUAUUGGUCUCUUCAUACCUCGGGGCAUUAAUUUAUACCAUCUCUCCAGAACUACAGAUGCAAAACUUCCAGACAUACCUCCACUGCUACAAUGAUAAAUAUGCCCCCCCCCCACACACACACACACACACACACACACACACCUUUCAAGAUCCAUGGGUCCUACACAUGUCUGUCACAGCAUGUGGUGUAUCUCAGCCAGUGCAUCAAAUGCCCCAACAAACAACUAUGAGAAACCAGGCAAUAACUACGCUCUCAAAAGAACUCACACAGAAAAAAAAGAUAAAAGAUAUAUCCAUAGCUGACCUAUCAGUUCUCGUCCUCAAAGGAAACCCGCACAACACCUUCAAAAAGGCAAGCCUGGGAAUUAAAUUCAUAACUCUACUGGACACUUAAAAAAAGGACUUAAAAGAGACACGGAUUCUAUGGCUCAUUUACAACAAUUUAUAACACACCGUAUGUACUGCCUGCUAAUGCUUAACUGCCCACUUGAUUUUAAGUGAUCUCCUACAACAUGUGUGAACCCCUUAUGCUUCAGCGUGUCCCACCUUGUAAUUAGCUUGGACACUCCAGUAAUCUUCUCCAGACUGGAGGAAGAGAUCUGUGAAGGUUGAAAGCUUGUGCCUUCCACCAACAGAAGUUGGUCCAAUAAAAGAUAUUAUCUGACCUCCCUUGUCUCUCUCACAUCCUUGGACCAACUCAGCUACAAGAACAGGGCAAAUAUCCAGCUUUCUAGGAUAGUUUCAGUGCAGUUAUGAGAAGAACCCCCUCUAUCGGGUUUUUAUUUGUGUAUGAUGUGGUUGCUUUUGCUGUUCCUCUUCUACAAACAGCCUGGGCCUUUGCAUCAGAACAUAUCAUAUUACUAGAACAUU